CAGAGCAUCGCUGCCAUCAUGCUAGCUGAAGAAGUCCUGUGUAAGCUUUGCGAACUCAUGUAUUGAGCGAUUUUGAAUUUUUUUUUUUUUUUUUUUUAAUGUGUGGUGUCAUUUUUUUUAUAGUCACUGGAAAGUAAAAUGGAAACAGCAACUUGCGUGUGAGGGCGGCAAUUUUCCUUUCAAAUAGGACUACAUAGGACAGCUGUCUCGGUUUACUAGCCUGUAAGCUAGCGCGGCCAUCACGACCAGCGCAACAGACACCAAGACAAGUCCACAGGUCGGCGUUUUGGGGUUGGACAUUUCCGCCACUAUCAUGGAGAAGGCUGAUUUCUUGAAAGGUCUUCCUGUCUACAAUAAGAGCAACUUCAGCAGGUUUCAUGCGGAUUCUGUUUGUAAAGCAUCUAAUCGCAGACCCUCUGUGUACCUUCCAACACGUGAAUACCCUUCUGAACAGAUCAUUGUAACAGAAAAAACCAACAUCCUCCUGCGUUACCUCCACCAGCAGUGGGACAAAAAGAAUGCAGCAAAGAAAAGGGAACAGGAACAAGCUGAGGGUGACAGCCCAGCACCCCCAAGGAAGAUCGCCAGGACAGAUAGCCAAGAGAUGAAUGAGGACUCAUAAGUGUGUGUCUGAUUGUGUGUAUGCGUGUGUACAUGUGUUUGUGUCAACAGGGUACAGCCAAUAUAAGCAAAACCAUAGGAUAAUCCCUCCUGAAUACAGACUUCCUGGUUUUUCCAAACUACAGCAGGAUGUGUUUCCUGUCAUGAAACUAAUGAGAGAAUUCCGGGAAAUUCCCAUAAACAAAGCUGCCACUUAUGGUGUAUGAAAAUAAAGUUGGCAGAAAUUAUCUCAAGUCGCUGUUAGUGACUGAAAGAAGAGCUGUAGUCAUGGAGGGGAAAUCAUUACUGGUGUUUUAAUUAUGUUGGCUAUUCCCUAUGUGGGCUAGUACACAUGUAUAUAUUUGUAUGCGUGCUGAGCUGUGAGUGUGGACCGUGUGUUGUGCUGUAUGUGUGAGUGGAUAGUCGAAAAAGUGAGUAGAAUAAAGAUGAGAUGGACUGGACAGAUAAUGUCAGACACUAAUCUUAAAAAUGUAACUGGUACAAGACUUGUGUAGCCUUUCUGUCAUCUGGACAGUCUGUUCUGAUUUGUGUGAAUAUUUUGUUACUGUUUUAAUUUUAUUUUAUUGGGGGUUUUUUUUGGUGUUUUUUUUUUGUUUGUUUGUUUGUUUGUUUGUAUAUGGCAAUGAGCUUCCUGCCAGCCACAGUGCCCACCAUCUCAGUUUCACUGCCCACUCUGCAACCACACGGGGGCAUUGCAACUUCUUUUCCACACUGUUUGAAUCGACAGAACCAAGAAUGCACUGUGAAGAACAGCACAAAGUAGAAGCAACUCUUCCAGGAUCCCCCUCCUUUUUAAAUGUGUGUUGUUGGUUUUUCUUUUUGGUGAAUAUUAAUAUCUGCAUUCUAUCCUGGGACUUGUGCUUGUAGGAUUAACGUUGUGUUGGUGUGCCUGAGAAGUAGUAUUACAUUUAGCACCUCCCUCUGCCUAAUCGAGUCUAGUGAGAAGGGGAUUUUCUCUAAGUUUUAGCAGAUCUUUCAUCAAAAGAUGUAAAGGAAAAAGGAGGAACUGUUAUGUCUUAAUAGGAAAAUAUAAAAUGUGAGAUUUCAUUUUUAGUCGCACAACUUGGUAACAGCACAGAUACUAAGGAGAAAUAUCUAUAGUAAUGUGUGGAAAAGGGAAAAGAAUGCAUAAUGUGUGUAAAUAAUUACCAGUAGCUUAUACAAUUUAGUAUCUUUGUGUCUGCCUUUUUGUAAAAGAAUACAGAAUAAAGUAGAAAAAAAACCCCAGUGGAUGUUACCUUGCCUUGCAUGUUAAUGUUUCAGUGGCUGGGUGUUAUAAUCCUGGACCAGAAAUAAAGCAUAAGGGGUGUUAGGGUUUUUGGUGUUAUCUUGUGUGGAAGGUAUUAGCCGAGAGGCCUUAAAACGUGUCACGAUUCGGAUCCUUUUGCUCCCCCAGCUCAGGGCCCAGGUUAGCGGUACUGUUUGCCUCUUCUUUGUGACAGCCCUGGAUGCUUUUUCUUCUUUCCACCUUGACUGAGAGCUGCUUUUAUGAACACCAGGGGUGGUGGUGGUUGAGGAAGUAUUAUAGUUUCAGCCAUAGAAUGCACAAUAAGCAUGCACAGCAAAGUGCAGCCGCCAUCCUUUCUUGUUCCUGAGAUUCAGUUUGUAUUGGUAUCAUAAACUGUACAACACUGAAUAAAGCUUUUUUUUUUUUUUCCUUUUAAAAAAUCAUUUUUAUCACUGCCCAGCAGUCACAUCAAAGCCUCCUCGCCUCCCUGUUUUAAUCUGUCAACACUGCGAUGUGGUCAGUCAUCUUCCUACCUACAGUGUAAAUACCCUUUCUGUUAUUUAAAGUAUGAAAACCACAUUCUGCUUCUGCUCAGAUAGACUGUUCUACGAACACCCUAAGCCUUGUCCCACGUGUUAGAUCAGAUAUGUUCUUUUUAGCUUUGCUGAAAUAAAACUGGAUUAAAACUG